AUGGACGACAAGGACGUUCGGACUAACAGCGGCGUUCGAUCAGGAUCCGUGAGCAGUACGAGAGACGUCAAGGUUCUCAGUGAUGGCGUCGACGCCGUCACCGCGGAUGGGGAACACCAUCGCAUGAGUGCGAGCAUGGCCAUCGAUCCAGCUGCUGAGCGCCGACUGGUCUGGAAGUUUGACCUAAGGAUACUGCCCACUCUCGCUGUCAUGUACCUCUUCAACAGUCUCGACAAAUCGAACCUCGGCAACGCCAAAACAGCAGGCCUCGAAAAGGAUCUCGGCCUGCACGGCGACGACUACAACACAAUCCUAUCGGUCUUCUUCGUCCCAUAUGUGCUCACAGCCCCGUUCCUAGGUAUACUUGGCAAGAAGUAUGGUCCGUCCAGGGUGCUACCGUGCAUGAUGUUCUCGUUCGGCUUCUUCACUCUCAUGGUCGUCGCGGCACAGAACUUCGGUGGUCUACUUGCUCUGAGGUGGUUCCUUGGGAUGGCUGAAUCUGCGUUCUUUCCGCUGGUCAUUUACUACCAAACUACAUUCUACAGAAGAGGCGAGCUGGCUAGGAGACUGGCUUUGUUCUACGCCGCCUCCUCGAUUGCGUCUGCAUUCGGCGGUCUGCUCUCCUUUGGAGUAUUCCAAAUCCAUACAGGUAGCCUUGCGAAUUGGAGGUAUCUGUUCAUCAUCGAGGGCAGCUGCUCGAUGAUAUUCGCUCUCUUCGCGUUUUGGUAUCUACCAUACAACGCCCAAUCAGCCAAGUCCUUGACUCCCGAAGAAAAAGAGCUGGCAUUCUAUCGCAUCCAAGUCGAUUCCUCCUCGGUCGUUGGCGAGAAAUUCAACCUCAAGUCUGCUCUAGGUAUCUUGAAGCAUCCAACCAGCUGGAUCAUUCUCGGAAUCGAGAUCUGCCUCGGCGUCCCCCUCCAAUCCGUCUCCCUCUUCCUUCCCGUCAUCACCAAGGCCCUAGGGUACAGCACGGUGAAGACCAAUCUCUACACCGUCGCGCCCAACAUCACCGGCGCAGCGAUGCUGCUCAUCCUCGCCUUCGCCUCAGACUACACCCGCCUGCGUUUCCCAUUCAUUGCUCUGGGGUUCGCGUUCACGUUCAUCGGGUUUGCGAUCUAUGCUACUACAGACAUUAAGGAGAAUAUCAAUGUGGCGUAUUACUCGUGCUUUAUGAUGACUUGGGGGACGAGUGCGCCUAGUGUGAUUCUGGAUGUGUGGUAUAACAACAAUAUUGCAGAUGAGAAUAAGCGCAUGAUGUUGACUACUUUGGGGGUGCCGGUGGCGAACUUGAUGGGUGUCGUCAGCUCAAACAUCUUCCAGAACAAAGACGCGCCCAAGUACCUCCCAGCACUGAUCACAACGGCUGCAUUCGGCGGAUGCGGGUGUCUCCUGACGUUGAUUCUGGGUGCGUGGAUGAUUACGGACAAUAAGCGGAGGGAUAUAAGGCAUGGGAAGACGGUCAAGGCGAAGGAUAUCCCGUCUGAGAUCUUGAGGGAUGGGCCGAGUGCGCCGGAAUAUCGCUGGUUUCUAUGA